AUGUCAUAUACGAGUGCCUCGUAUUCCAAGGGCGUAGACGGAGGCCGUUGCCUGGGCGCAGGGACGCGUCGGCUGCAGCUGCGCCUGGAGCUGCUGAGCGCGUCGCUGCCGCUGCUGGCGCCUGAGGAACAGGCGCUGCUGGGGUCGCGUGUGGUGCGCAUCGUGUACGAGUGCCCGGCGGAGCUUCCGCCACCUCAGCCGCGGGUAGCCGCCGGCCUCAGUCCCAUCAUCAACCGACAGGUGGGCGUGGUCGGGGACGGCGUUCCGUUCUGCUCGGACGUCCCAAAACCUGCCAUGGCCAUGCUGGGCGCGUACGCACUCGCGCGCCGCAACUACAAAUGGGGCCCCCUCCAGCCCGCGAAAGCCCGCACGACCUCGGACUCGGAAGAGUCCGAGUCCGUUUGCGACUCCAAAUGCAAACAGUGCCCGCAGCCGUCGGCUUGUGCGGUUUCGAAGCCAAAAGAAAACGAGAGUGACGACGACGACUUCCCCGGGGAGGCGGAUCGGGAGGGCCAGGGCGUGGAGAGGCUGCUCGUGCCCGUGCUGCCUUCUGACACUCCGGGGGUUUUCAUCGAGCCAGCCUCCCCCGAGGCGGACGCGGGGCGAGAGGGAUUCACGGAGGGGGUGGAGGAGGCUGUGCAGUACGAAGACUACGAGGUCGGCGAUAAAGCAUCUUCGCCAAUUGAAGGAGAGCCGGUCGAUGAACGAGAGAACAACGAGCAAUAUGAACCUUUGAGCGCUCCUGAGGCAGCAGUUCCUGAGAGCGCAGAUGCUGAGUUAGCGGUUCCUGCAGAACCUAUGUCUUCACCUGCUUCAUAUCCUCUUGAAAAAGAAACUUCCCAGGCCGGCAGCACCUCGUCGGGCAAGAAAGUCAGACUUUCUGUGCCAUUAGUAACUGUGGUUAGUGAGUUUCACUAUUCAGAUAACCUCAAAUCUGUGUAUCGUUUCAAAUGUGAUGCAGGGACCAAACAUUCAAUUCAGCCGAAGCCAACAACGCUGCCGGUGGAGUUCUCGGAGAAGGCAAGAAAGGGCUCCGAGGAGACGCAGAAGCAGGAUCAGGCCAACGCAACAGGCUGCCCAGCGGCCGUCGCGCAUGCCCCAGGACGUCCGACCCUCGGAGGCCGAGUCACUCCGGGUUGGCUCGGGUAUCGGCCCGCGAAUAAAGACUCCAGCGCACGUGGGACACUGCAUGUCGGCAAGCUUGCAUCAGAUGCAGUGCAGAACAGAACCUACUCCUCCUCCGCCAACACCAGCGGCCGACUCAGAGUUUUCCAUUCAGCCGCAUUAUCUCCCUGUCCGUACGCCGUCCAGCUCAACGGAGUCCCUCUUGAACAGCAAGAUGCAAAUCGUGGUGAGGCGGAGGCAAUCAGCGACCCAUAUGUCACCCCCGAAGACAUCGGCGACCAUUUACGUGUCGCCCGUGUGGGAGCCAGCUACGUCGUGCUACAUGACGAUCGCCGACACAACUACUAA